UUUAAUUGUAUAACUUCAUCAAUCAACAAACUCAAUUCUUCCAUAUCCUCUCGGACCUCUCCUCUCCCAUCUAUACUCCAUUGUUAUAGCAAUAUUCCUUCACAGAAUCACAAUAUGGAGGCUAAACCAAGCCAAGGCCUUUACCCACUACACCGUUGCAAAACCAUACAUCUGGUGAGGCAUGCUCAAGGGGUUCACAAUGUAGAAGGAGAGAAGAACUUUGAUGCUUACUUAUCUGAGGAUUUCUUUGAUGCACAUCUUACACCUUUCGGAUGGCAACAAGUUGAUAAUCUACACAAGCAUGUUAAGACGAGUGAGAUAUCCAAUAGAAUUGAGUUGGUCGUUGUGUCUCCUCUCCUAAGGACUUUGCAAACUGCCGUUGGUGCUUUUGGCGGGGAAUACAAAGAUGGUGUUGAUGCACCUCCGCUUAUGAUCGCAGGUGCGGGAAACAGCGAUCGUCAUGCUAUUGGGAGCUUAAAUUGUCCACCGUUCAUUGCAGUUGAAUCUUGCAGAGAGUAUUUGGGUGUUCAUCCUUGUGACAGAAGAAGCAAUAUCACCAAGUACCGGGAGUUAUUUCCUGCCGUUGAUUUUUCAUUGAUAGAAACAGAAGAAGAUGUUUUGUGGAAGCCUAAAAUCAGAGAGGAGAACCAAGAACUUGCGGCCAGAGGCAUGAGGUUCAUGAACUGGUUGAGUACAAGAAAAGAAAAGGAGAUCGCGGUUGUUACUCAUAGCGGGUUCUUGCAACAAACAUUAAAUUUAUUUGGAAAUGAUUGUGAUCCAACCGUGAAAAACGAGAUUUCAGCUCAUUAUGCCAAUUGUGAGAUCCGUUCAGUUGUUCUGGUGGAUAAAUGCAUGGACGGUUCGGAUUCGCCAGUGACCAAUUAUCCCGGAAAAAUACCUUCCGGAGAAGAUCUUCCUAAUGAUAUUGCUGAUGAAAAGUAGUUGGAGAGGCAAAAGUGAUGAGAGUUAUGUUAAACCUUAUCUGAAUCUCCGAAUUAUUUAUGCUAUUAAAAAUAUAUAAACUUACAAAGUUGGUUGCUUUUGAUACUUAGUCGGAAAUUUCUUUUCGGAUUUAAAGAUUGGGUUUAUACGACCA